GUUCGUCUUGCGAAUACUCAGACGAACAAGUCGACAACGUUGUACCGCACCGAGUCCACUGUCAUCUCCCUGGCUCCCAAUGUGACUGGUAAUGGCUUCCUGUCGGGUCACGCUAACGGGACCGUGGCUCGUUUCUUCUUUGAUAAAGUCUCUGGGGAGUCUCAGGGCGAGCUGUUGAAGCAUCCCUGCCCCCCCUACGCCCUGGCCUGGGGUGCAAACAGCAUCAUGGUGGGCGGCUGCGACAAGAGGGUGGUGGCCUACGACAGAGAGGGUCAGAUCGUUCAGACCUUCGACUACAGCCGCGACCAGAAUGAGAGGGAGUUCACUGUGGCCGCCACCAGCCCCAGCGGGCAGUCUGCUGUGUUCGGCAGCUACGAUCGCGUGCGAGUGUUUAACUGGGAUCCGAGGAGAAGCUCGUGGGCCGAAGCUAAUCCUAAAGAGAUUCGCAACAUGCACACCAUCACCAGCCUGGCCUGGAAGAAAGACGGAUCACGUCUCUGUGCGGGAACACUGUGUGGAGGAGUGGAGCUUUUAGAUUGCUGCCUGCGAAGAACCAACUAUAAGAACAAGUUUGAGCUGACCUACGUUGGUCUGAGCCAGGUGAUUGUGAGGAACUUCUCGACAGGAAGUCAGGUGGUACUGAAGUCCGACUACGGUUACGAGAUAGAGGACGUCAAGAUCAUGGGAAAAGAUCGUUACUUCGUGGCUCACACGUCCGAUACUCUUCUGCUGAGGGACCUGCAGACAAAUAACUCCAGCGAGGUGCCCUGGCCCAGUUCAGGGGGAAACGAAAAGUUCUUCUUUGAAAAUGAAACAGUGUGCAUGAUUUUUAAUGCUGGGGAGCUGAGUCUGGUCGAGUACAACAACAACGACAUCCUGGGAUCAGUCAGAACAGAAUUCAUGAACCCUCAUCUCAUCAGUGUCCGAAUAAACGAGAGGAAGCAGAAAGGAGUGGAGGACAACAAGAAGCUGGCUUAUCUGAUCGACUUAAAAACCAUUGCUAUCGUGGACCUGGCCGGAGGCUACAAUCUGGGAACCAUCAGCCACGACUCAAAGAUUGACUGGCUGGAGCUUAAUGAAACCGGACGCAAACUGUUGUUCAGGGACAAGAAGCUGCAGCUCCAUCUGUACGACAUAGAGUCCGGUCUUAAGACCACUGUGCUGGGUUUCUGCCCGUACGUCCAGUGGGUGCCGGGCAGUGACGUGGUGGUCGCACAGAACCGGGGGAACCUUUGCAUCUGGUACAACAUCGACAGCCCCAAGAGCAUCACCAUGUUCCCCAUCAAGGGGGACAUCGUGGAUCUAGAGAGAGUGGACGGAAAGACGGACGUGAUCGUGACGGAGGGCGUCAACACGGUGUCGUACACGCUGGACGAAGGCCUCAUUGAAUUUGAUACGGCUGUUGAUGAUGGAGACUAUGACAGAGCCAGAGCAUUCCUGGAGACUCUGGAGAUGUCACCAGAGACUGAAGUCAUGUGGAGGAAGCUCAGCAGGCUGGCUCUCAAUGCACGGCAGCUACACAUCGCAGAGAG